ACUUCCACGGUCCCGUCGAGCACUGCGUCGGCGGCGACGAAUCCGAAGCAGAAGAAGUUCGCGAUUGCGGUAUGUCCGACUACUCCUACAACAUCCCUCUACGAGUCGGCAUGAUCUUCGUCGUCUUGGUCACGAGUGGUAUUGGAGUCUACGCUCCCAUGAUCAUUUCGAAACUUCCUCUGGGUGGUAAGACGAUCGGCAACGCACUGCAGAUGUUGAAGCAGUUCGGGACUGGUAUUAUCAUUAGCACUGCCUUUAUUCAUCUCUACUCCCACGCCGAGCUCUACCUCUCAAACCAAUGCAUCCGCUGGCCAGUCUACUACGAAGGAACAACCUCCGCAAUCGUCAUGGCCGGUCUCUUCAUCUCCUUCCUAAUCGACUUCCUCGCCCACCGCUACGUCGGAUCACGGACCCGCUCUACCUCCACAACAAACCCUGAUGGGGCUUCCGCUACCUCUUCCACCGACCACGGCAACGGCGGCUCCCCCGACAACGACAAACUCUCCGUCACCCUAAUGGAAGUGGGUAUCGUCUUCCACUCCAUCCUCAUCGGCCUCACGCUCUCCGUAACCCCCGACCAAGCCUUCCGCACGCUCCUUGUCGUGAUCAUCUUCCACCAAUUCUUCGAAGGUCUCGCCCUCGGCGCGCGAAUCUCCCUGCUCCCAAAUACCUCCAUCUUUCCGAGGAAAUUCCUCAUGGCCGGGGCGUUCACGCUCAUCACGCCGAUCGGCAUGGCGAUUGGGUUGGGCGUGGUGAAUUCUUUCAACGGCAAUGAUCCCAGCACGAUGAUCUCCUUUGGUACGCUGAAUGCGCUGUCGGCGGGUAUUCUGAUCUGGGUGGGUGUGGUGGACAUGUGGGCGAGAGACUGGGUGAUUGAGGGAGGAGAGAUGUUGAAGACCAGCACGGUGAGGACGGCCGUGGCGAUGGUGUUCUUUGUGAGUGGGUUGGUGUUGAUGAGUGUCUUGGGGAAGUGGGCGUAG